AUGCCCGAAAACUGCGCAAAUCCCAAACUGGCUGAAUGGCUGAAAGAAUGGAUGGACCAAGCCAAAGAACAAAAUAACAAGGGCUAUUUUACGUACAAGAAAGCCUACGAAUCAAUCAAAGCAUGUCCACUACGCUUUUCUCAUCCUUCGGAAGCUCAACAGCUCAAUGGCCUCGGCCCAAAGUUAUGUGACCGGCUGACCAAGAAAAUGAGGCAAUUCUGCGAAGAGAAUGGACUUGACAUGCCUUCCAAAAAGGGGCAUCGAAAAAGACCUCGGGAGGCUCUUUUAUCUGAACCUGUGGAACCCGAACAAGCGUCACCGGUGAGACGACCAAGGAAAACACAACCCUACGUUCCAAAGUUGAGAUCGGGUGCCUAUGCUCUCAUGCUCGCUUUGACUACUUUGGAUCAAGACAGCAACCAAGCUAUCCCGAAGAAGGAGCUUAUAGAACUAGCACAGCCUCACUGCGAUUCGUCAUUCUUCGCACCCAGUGAUCCUACCAAAUUCUACACCGCCUGGAAAUCUAUGGAAACUCUGGAGAGAAAAGAGCUGGUCUGCACCAAGGGACAUCCGACUAAGAAGUAUUACCUGUCGGAUGAGGGAUGGGAGGUGGCAACCCGUAUGAAGGCGACAUUGGCGGGACGAGGUGUCCCAUCUCCCAGCCCAAGGAAAAAGCGGAAGACAGAAGCUCGCGAAACGAGGAUUUUGCCAUCACUUUCUCCCGAACCCAUGAACAGGCGGACUGCCCCUGCGAUUCCACCGACACUUGACCGACCGAGAGAAGCAAUCACCCAGAGCAGCUGCUCUACCAUCGUGGAUCUGUUGUCGAGUCCAGAACCUGAUUGGCCAGCUUCAGAACCAGAGUUGAACAGUUUCAAUUUUGGAAAUAAGCAUCUUCACAUGCGACCCCCCAGUGCUGGGCCAUCCUCUAAAGAAUCCAUCGUUCUGCCUGCUGGCAGUUUCGAAGUGAAGAUGAUUCUUGACAUGCGCGAGAUCCGGACCACCACUGACCGUGACUACAUUUCCGGAGAGUUGAAGAAGCUCGGCGUUGUUCCUAUCAUCCGCUCGCUUCCUUUGGGUGACGUUUUAUGGAUUGCAGAUGUCCACCCCUUGUAUGCCGAAGCCCUCAAGGCCGCCAACGUGGGUGAUGAUGAAGGAAACCUGGAAAUCGUUUUAGAGCACAUUCUUGAACGAAAACGACUAGAUGAUUUAAUUGGCAGCAUCAUAGAUGGACGUUUCCAUGAACAGAAGUUCCGACUACACAAAUCUGGCAUCAAGCAUGUUACUUACCUGGUCGAACAAUAUUCCCUCUCGGCAGAACGGAGUGAGAAAUACGGAGAGUCAUUGGAGAGUGCCAUUGCCGGUAUGCAAGUGGUGGACAACUUCUUCGUCAAGCAGACAGCCAAAUUGGAUGACACUAUCCGAUAUUUGGCCCGUAUGACGAAGACAUUGAAGGAACUGUACGAGAGCAAAAAUAUUCACGUUAUCCCUUCACAAAGCUUUGAGGGGGGGGCCGUUGCAACAACGUUGGAACGGCUCAGGAAAUCCGAUCCGGGAAGAAUAUACGGAAUGACAUUCUCGGUUUUUGGCGCCAUGUGUGACAAGUCGGAAAGCAUGACACUUAGGGAUGUCUAUUUGAAGAUGCUGAUGUGCACGAGGGGCGUGACAGGAGAGAAGGCAAUUGAGAUUCAAAAGAUUUGGCCCACUCCGCGUGCUUUGGCUGAAGCAUUGGAGUCUCGAAACAAAGGACCGGAGAAGGAGAACAUGAUCAGCGACCGACUCGGGAAUGCCAUUCCUCGGAAAAAGGUUGCGAAAGCACUCAGCGCGAAAAUUGCUGAGAUCUGGGGUUGA